GGCCGAUACUCUUUCUCUCUCGUGCGCGCAGCGUCCCCGAGCGCUCCAUUUAGACGGGUGUCCCCCGGCCCCGGCGCCAGCGGCGCGUCUUAGUAACACUUUGGCACAUCAGUCGCCGGCAUGCAGACGUGAAGUCUUCAGCCUCUCGGCACGCUCGACUACUCUACCGGCCAUGCCUCGGCAACCCAUUCUGACGUUCGUGCCGUCAUGGGUGCAGCAGCGGUAUGUGCUGUCCGUGAUGUUGCUCCUGGCCGUCAUGAACAUGUAUACGAUGCGCGUGUGCCUGUCGGUGGCCAUCGUGCAGAUGGUGUCCCACGACACGCCCGGCGGCGGCGACGGUGGUGACGCCGGCGCGAUGGUGGUCGUGGACCCGGAUCGAUGCGACCCUCCCGGCGGCAACCAGACCUCCGGCGGUGACCCGGCCUCCGAAACCGACGGCGAGUUCGCGUGGUCACCGACGCUGCAGGGCGUGAUCCUCAGCUCGUUCUACUACGGCUACGUCGUCUCGCACCUGCCGGGCGGCGUGUUCGCCGACCGCUUCGGCGGCAAGCACGCCCUGGGCUACGGGCUGCUCGUCACCAGCGUGACCACCCUGCUGUCGCCCGUGGCCGCGCGCCUCGGCUCCGGCUACCUCAUCGCCAUCCGGAUCAUCAUGGGGCUGGGCGAAGGCGUCACCUUCCCGGCGAUAAGCGCUCUGCUGUCUGAAUGGAUCCCGCCGUGCGAGCGCAGCCGCCUGGGAGCCUUCGUCUACGCUGGUGCGCAGCUGGGCAGCGUGCUGGGCACGGCGGGGGGCGGGCUGGCGCUGCACUACCUGGACUGGCCCGCCACCUUCUACAUCUUCGGCGCCCUGGGCAUGGCGUGGUACGUGCUGUGGCUCUUGCUCUGCUACUCGUCACCCUCCGAGCACCCCUUCAUCUCGCAGGAGGAGCGGGAUUUCUUGGCGCACCAAAUCAAGCAGGUGGGCGGCGAAUCUGCAGCGCGGCCGCGGACUCCGUGGCGGGGCAUCCUGACGUCCCGGCCCGUGUGGGGGCUGGUGGUCAUCCAGGUGGGGCACGACUGGGGCUUCUUCACGCUGCUCACGGACCUGCCCAAGUACAUGCGCAGCGUGCUCCGCUUCGACAUCGCACAGAACGGCGCGCUGUCGUCGCUGCCGUACCUGACCAUGUGGGGCACGUCCAUGGUGUUCGGCGCCGUGGCCGACUGGCUUAUCUUGCGGGGCACCCUGUCCGUGCUCAGCGUGCGCCGCCUGUUCACGACCAUAGCGUCGCUGACGUGCGCCGUGGGCAUCAUCGCGGCCUCGUUCGCGGGCUGUGACUGGGUGGCCGUGGUGGCGCUGCUGACGGCGGGGCUGGGCGGCAUGGGCGGCGCCUACUGCGGCAUGCGGAUCAACGCCCUGGACCUGUCGCGCCGGCACGCCGGCACCGUCAUGGCCCUCGUCAACGGGGUGGGCGCCGUGUCCGGGAUCGUGUCCCCGCUGCUCAUCGGCAUGCUCACGCCCCACGAGACGAUGGCGGAGUGGCGCCUCACCUUCUGGAUCGUGUUUGGAGUGCUGCUCGUGACCAACACGGUCUACGUGCUGCUGGCGCGGGCCGACAUCCAGCCGUGGGAUCGGCCCGAGGCGGAGCCGUACGCGCCAUACCUGCCCUCGUCGCAUUCCGCCGAGCACCAGGGGGAAGGUCGAGGGUGAGGUCGGACGUUGAGGGACAAAGGGUUUGAGCGAGAGAAAAGAAAAGUCUGUGCAUUUUGUUAUUUGUUCAAAAUAAAAUAGCGAGGUAGA